GAGGGAGGGAGGAGGAGGAGGAGGAGGGAGAGGGAGAGGGCAGAGGCCGCCAUGGAGCCGGACGAGGCCCGCGCAGCCCGGCUGCGGGAGGAAGGCAACGAGCUGUUCAAGAGCGGGGACUUCGAGGGGGCCCUGACGGCCUACACGCUGGCCCUCCGCCUGCCCGCCGCCCCGGGGGACCGGGCCGUGCUGCACCGCAACCGAGCUGCCUGCCACCUCAAGCUGGAGGAUUAUCCCAAAGCCGAAGCUGACGCAUCCAGAGCCAUCGAGGCCGACGGCGGGGACGUGAAGGCGCUGUUCCGCAGGAGCCAGGCGCUAGAGAAGCUGGGCCGCCUGGACCAGGCCGUCCUCGACCUGAAGCGCUGCGUCAGCCUGGAGCCCAAGAACAGAGUCUUCCAGGAGGCCAUGCGUGCCCUCGGCAGCCAGAUUCAGGAGAAGGUGCGGUACAGUCAGUCGACGGACUCCAAAGUGGAGCAGAUGUUCAAGAUAUUACUGGACCCCGAGGAGAAAGGCACGGAAAAAAAGCAGAAGGCAGCCCAGAACCUGAUCGUGCUGGCCCGGGAGGACGCGGGCGCCGAGAAGAUCUUCCAGAGCGACGGGGCCCGGCUCCUGCUGCGGCUGCUGGACACGGGCGAGGCCGACCUGAUGCUGGCGGCCCUGCGCACGCUGGUCGGACUCUGUUCCGAGCAUCAGGCCCGGACGGUGGCGAUCCUGAGCGUCCUGGGCACCCGGCGAGUGGUGGGCACCCUGGGGGCGGAGAGCCCGCAAGUCUCGCUGGCCGCCUGCCACCUGCUGCAGGUCAUGUUCGACGCCCUCAAGGAGGGGACCAAGAAGAACUUCGGCGGGAAGGAGGGCGCCAUCAUCGUGGAUCCCGCCCGGGAGCUGAAGCUGCUGAUCGGCAGCCUCCUGGAGGUGCUGACCCAGGCCGGGAUCCCCGCCCAGGGCCGGGACAACGCGCUGACCCUGCUCAUCAAAGUGGUUCCCCGGAAAUCGCUGCGGGACCCCGACAACGGCCUGGCCCUCUGGGUCAUAGACCACGGUCUGAAGAAGAUCCUGGACGUCGGGGGUUCGGUGACGGAGACCCCCGGGGGGGCCGUGACGGAGAACACGCGCAUGAGCGCCUCGGUCCUCCUCAACAAGCUCUACGAUGACCUGAAGGGGGACGCCGAGCGCGAAAACUUCCACCGGCUUUGUGAGAGCUACAUCAAGAGCUGGUUUGAGGGCCAAGGACCGGCCGGGAAGCUGCGGGCCAUCCAGACGGUCUCGUGCCUCCUGCAGGGCCCCAGCGAGGCCGGGAAUCGGGCCCUGGAGCUGGGCGGCGUCAUGGAGGGCGUGAUCGCGCUGUGCGCCUCGGAGCGCGAGACGGAGCAGCUCCUGGCGGUGGAGACGCUGAUCCACGCGGCUGGCAAGGCCAAGCGCGCCUCCUUCAUCACCGCCAACGGCGUCGCCCUGCUCAAGGACCUCUACAAACGCAGCGACAGGGACACCAUCCGCAUCCGGGCGCUGGUGGGGCUCUGCAAACUGGGCUCGGCCGGGGGGACGGACAUCAGCAUGAAGCAGUUCGCCGAGGGCUCCACCCUCAAGUUGGCCAAGCAGUGUCGCAGGUGGCUGUGCAGCGACAUGGACCCGGGCACGCGGCGCUGGGCAGUGGAGGGCCUGGCCUACCUGACCUUCGACGCGGACGUGAAAGAGGAGCUGGUGGAGGACGAGGAGGCCCUGAAGGCCAUGUUCCAGCUCGGCCAGUCGGAGGAGAGGUCGGUGCUGUUCGCCGUGGCCUCGACGCUGGUCAACUGCACCAACAGCCUACGACCCACGAGGAGCCCCGACCCCCAGUUGCUGGAACUGGCCAAGUAUGCCAAGCAGCACGUGCCCGAGCAGCACCCCAAGGACAAGCCCGAUUUUGUGCGGGAAGCGGCGUGGCAGAAGCUGCUGGCAGCCGGCGCCGUGUCGGCCCUGACCUGCAUGGUGAAGAGCGAGGAGCCCGGCGCUGACCGAUCCAGCCGGGAGCUGGAAUCUCGAGUGUUCCUGGCUUUGGUGCAGGAAGCGGCAGGAGCGGGGACCGUGGUUGCCCAGGGGGGUGGCAAGAGUGGAGCGCUCCUCCCGCUGGCUCUGGAGGGCACCGACACGGGGCAGACCAAGGCGGCCCAGGCCCUCGCCUAAGAUCACAUCACCUCCAAUCCGGAGAUGACCUUCCCUGGAAGAGAGAUCUACGAGGUGGUCCGACCCCCUCGUCUUCUUCUGCUGCGCCUCAACUGCUCCGGGCUGCAGAACUUCGAGGCGCUGAUGGCCCUGAACACCGUCGGCGGGAUCAGCGAGAGCCUCAGGCAGAAAAUCCUGAAGGAGAAGGCGGUGCCCAUGAUCGAGGGCUACAUGUUCGAGGAGCACGAGAUGAUCCGCCGGGCCGCCACCGAGUGCAUGUGCAACAUGGCCAUGAGCAAGGAGGUGCAGGAGCUCUUCCUGGCCGAAGGGAACGACCGGCUGAAGCUGCUGGUGCUGUACUGCGGGGAGGACGAUGAGCUGCUGCGGCGGGCGGCGGCGGGCGGGCUGGCCAUGCUCACGGCCUGCUGCCCCCGCCUCUGCGCCCGCAUCCCGCAGGUGACCACGCACUGGCUGGAGAUCCUGCAGGCGCUGCUCCUCAGCCCCAGCGCCGAGCUGCAGCACCGGGGAGCCGUGGUGGCCCUCAACAUGAUGGAGGCGUCGCGGGAGCUGGCGGCCGCGCUGAUGGAGAGCGAGGCCCUGGAGAUUCGCGUCCUGGCCAAGGCCCGGCCGGGGCCCGGGGCCGCCGCCGCCGCCGCCUGUCUCGGGCGGGCGGUGGCCUACGGGCUCAUCAGGCCCAACCGGGAGGGGGACUGAGGGCUCGGGGGGGCCCCCCGGCCGCUCGCGGGCGACACCGGCCGCUACGCCCGCCCGCGGCCCAC